AUGGGCUGGGGUGGCGGCCAAGCAGCCAGAGUUGUUGCACGGAAGACCGCCUCGCUGGUGGAGCUCACCAGCUCCGUCAUGGAGCUUGGUGUCGUCCGAGGCCCGUUCAGCAACGUCGGCCUUCUCGAGCUCCUGCUGGUCGCCUCGACGCCCGAGGGCUCUGCCCUAGCUCCACCCGCCAGCGCGGUGGGUCGAGCUCCAGGAGAGGAAGAAGGCGCAUGCACGCGCCGGCGUCCAACUCGACCUCCCCUCACCGUGCAGCUUGGCGGAGGAACUGCGCUAAUCUUCUUCUUGAUGCACGUGGGCAGCGUGUUCAUACAUGUUCGUCAGUCCGCCGCCGGUGGCGCCGAGGCUGUGCUCGACAUAAUAAUGCUGCUGAAGACCGACACAACAUGA